AUGGUUUAUUUAAUAGCUGUCUUGCUUUUGAUUUUUCUCACAGUAUCUGGAAUAGUGCCAAAACCUCGAAACGUAAGAAUAAUUUCAGUUAAUCUUCGUAGCAUUUUACAGUGGGAUGCACCUAAGUUUCACAAAGGGAAUAUAAGUUACACUGUCCAGUCUAGGAGUGUCAUUUUACCUGGAAACCGGUAUGAAAAUGUGAGCACAAACUUGAAACUCACAAAGUGCGAUGUCUCUUCUCUGUCUGCAUAUGGAGACUACAUUUUACGGGUCAGAGUGGAGUCAGAAAAUAACCACUCAGACUGGGCGACCAUCAGAUUUAAGCCAAUGGAUGACACAAUUAUUGGGCCACCAGAUGUAAAAGUGAAGUCAGAAUCUGGGUCCCUGCACGUGGAUUUCACAGGCCCUUUUGCUGAGCAUGACAGCUGGCCUCUAAAGCAGUAUUACGGCUCGUGGAAUUACAGAAUCCUGUACUGGAAGAAAGGCAGCAAUACAGAGGUGACUCACAUAGAUACUAAACAUAACUCUGAAAUAUUAUCUCAGUUGGAGCCAUGGACAAUCUAUUGUAUACAAGUGCAAGCAGUCGUCCCUGAGUGGAAUAAAACAGGGAAACUGAGCGGGGAGCUCUGUGAGCAGACAACCCACAAUGGUGUAACUCCUGUGUGGAUAAUUGUGAUCGUUCUCAUAGGAUCAAUGAUGGUCGUUGUGAUAUCUGUUCCUGUUUGUUUCUUUUCCUUUUUGUAUCUAUAUCGACUCACCAAACAUGUUUUCUGCCCUUCAUAUAUUUUCCCACAACACUUGAAAGAGUUUUUGAGCAAGCCUUCCAGUGGUUCACAGCUUUUUUCUCCACUCCCACAAGAAGAGCAUCUUUCUUAUGACAAGCUAAUUGUCAUCUCAGAAGAAUCCAAAAAUCCGAGCGAUGAGACUAGAGGUGAGGCCAGUGAGAGCACAAAGCACCUUCAGGACUCUGAACAAGAAGAUUCUGAAUCAAGAAUACUACCAGCUUCAGAAGAAGCCUAA